AUGGAAGAACAAAAAGAGAACGACGAAUUCAAGAGAGAAGAACGCAAAGAAGCGAUGAUGAAACGACUUUCGUGUCGGAAUGGUGAGGUAUAACCCGAGUACAAACUAAAUAUUUCUCAAUUUCAGAGCAGAGAGUUCUGAAAGCCGCAACCGUUGCUCCGCAGAAGAAGAAAAUUGAUCUCCGAGCCACGGAAAAGGCGUUUCUAGGUUCGAGUCCGUCGGCAGUUGACAUAAAGACUCCGCUUCAUCCGACAAAAGUGAAAGAUUUCAGCAAAAAGCGUCGAAAACAACAGAUAACUUUCAGGGAAUUGUAAUGGAAGCGGCUUCUCCUAUUCUCUCUUUCGACGAGAAAGCCGACAAACAAAUGGUUGCUCUUGCCACGUGGUGCAACACGAUGAUCGGAAUGGAGCACUCGGAAGAGAUGAAUCUGGGAGCGACGAAGGCCGACGCUUGCAAGCAAAUUCAAAAGAUGCUGUCAAAGAAGAGCGACGAGAAAAUAGAGAACACACAGCAGCAGGCGAGACGACGUUUCCACAGAAUUUUUGAAAAAAACGAUCCGGAUAAGAUAAAAAGACAGUGCCGUGAGCUGUUGGACGAAUCCGGAAUGGACGAGAGCAUCAUGAACAUUCUCUCGAAAAACGUCGUCGCCGUUCGUAAUCAGCUCUCGGUUUACUCAGAUUUAGGCUAGUUGCACACUUUCAUUAACUUCAUCUCCUUUUAUGUUUCAGCUCUUCAAACUUCUCUUCUCCGAAUCUUCCUUUCGUUCCAUCCUGCCUGGCUCAAAGCUGCUCUUGAAGCCAUUUUCGACACGAGAAUCGACGCGUCUCCGAAGUUUAUGGUCGGUGCGAUCUCCCGCUUUUUCAUCGAGCACGUCUUCACCAACCAGAAGAUGUUGAAGAACAAAAAGUUUGCGCAAGGAUCCGGAAAGUAAGUCUCUUUAAUUUUUCGUUUUGAAAGAAACCAUUUUGCAGACCGAUCGUAACGGCAGCUGGAAAAGAGGCGUUCCACAGACAUUUCCUGCACGUCGCCAUGAAGUUGAUGUUCCUGAUCGAAGUCGCGCAUUCGCACCACGUCAUUCCUAAUCUCACUCGCAUUUUCACAAAAUCCUCUUGCUUCAAAACACUUGAGGAGGUUUUCAGUGAGCUGACGAAAGAUCUUCUCUCCGGAAGCUCUCUUUCCAUGAGCAAAGCCUUCUCGAGAAUCGGCUUCUCUUCGAAUUACUCCCAAUCCUUCAUCGAAAACUACGACUACCACGUUAAAGGAUUUGACGACUUCUCGGACGGAAUAAUUCUUGCGUGAGUCCUCUUUCUCAAAAUCAGAAACUCAACUUUCCUCAAAAAUCAGAAACUCGAUGAUUUCAGAAAGUUGGUAGAAACCGUGGGUGAAAUUCCGUACGGAGGACUACUUUUAAAGUUGCGGGACCCCGCUGGCGACCGUAUUCGCAAGUUGAACAAUGUAAAAACGGUGCUAACCGAGAUGACGUCGAUGGGAAUCGCCACUGAAGACGUCACACCGGCAGCUAUCGUCGGAGGAAAGAAAGAAGCGAUUCUGGCCAUUCUGUGGUCGCUCAUCGGAGUCCGCGUGGCAAAAGAGGAAAGAAGCCGAGUGUCACGAGUGCCGAAUGUUGAAGUCGAUACGAAAAAGAAGAGAAGAUCAGCGGUACACGAUGACAUGUCGUCAGAAGUGCUGAAGACGUGCAAGGCGUACGGAAGAGAGCUGGACGUGGAAGUGCUCGAUCUGGACGGGCUGGCAGACGGAGUAUUACUCAGUAGAUCGUGGAGUGUGUAUGUACCGACUGGAGCGGACAUUCAAUCAUUCGAAGGACAGUCUCUUUGGGAGAAAAUAGUGACGAUGGCAGAAGUUGAAUUAUGCAUUCCACGAGGCCUCGAUCAGAAUAUGGCUUUGUUCGUGAAGAUUUUCCUUGAGAAGAUGCAAACAGUGCGAAAGCAUCUUGAAGAUGAAAAAAUUAUCAACUCGUAUGCCGAGAAGGCCACGAUGAUUCAGAAGGCAUGGAGAAGUCACGCAUUCAGAAAGAAGACACCGAAAUUGUACUUUGUGGUCCAUCAAAUACUCGAGAAAGGACUUUCUUCGUUGGAUCGGGGACACUCUCCGUGUCCGUCUCUUCAAAACACAUUCACAGUCCCUCAGACCCCAAGCAGUAACCUCUCCGGACGAUUGUCGACCUUCUCCGAGCGCCAGUCAAUCGAUUCGACGUUCAACGAUGCCACGUUUACGGUUUCGAGAGAAUCCAUCGAAAGCCACGGCGGAGAGUUCAAAAUGCCGAAAACUCCGAGGUUGACUCACACAGUUCGCAGCAUUACUCAAGUGAUUGAAGAGGAAGAGAACGAAAAUGAGGAGACUAUCGUUCCGAGCACUACGAAAAAGCGAACCGUCAGGAAAGGAAUGGUAUUCACGGAUGAGAUGGAGGAAUCUACGAUUCUGGUCGAGGAGUCGGCAGAGGAACCACUCGAAACGAGCGAUGAGAAACUUGCAGAAGAAGACGGAGAAGUGUUACUUCAGAAGACUCCAAACUCGGACAAUAUUCUGGAAACUGUGCAGAACGAUCUGUUUGCGAAUGAAGACGAAUGUUCAACCGAUAAAUGUGACCCGGAGCAUCUGGAAGAGGUCGAACGUAAGCAGGAAGAAGAAGAAGAACCGAUUGAAACUGAAACAGGUCAAAGUCCGGGACAUGUUUCGCAAGCUGCAGAAUACGCGGGAAACGUGAAAGCAGAGAACUUGACUCUUUCAGACGAGGAAGAAGCUGAACGAGUGGAUUCGGAACUAUUUAUGGACGAGGAGCAGAAAAAAAUGGAGGAGCUCAUGCAGUCGUUCGAGAAUAGGCAGAUGGCAUACGUAGAGGAAAACCAGUUGAACAUUAAGUUCAUGUCAGAGAAGGAGUUGUCGACGCCGGAACUUCGAAAGAUUUUCAAAGAGACUCAUGCACUGAAAAGAAAGCAAGAGAAAGUUGUAAGUUUUGACAAAAGAACGCGUAGAUUACACUGUGAAAGAGGAUCAUUCAGGCAAAGAAAUUGGGCGAGCUCGAGAAGCAGGCACUGGCCGCACGGGUGGAUCGGGCACUCAUCGAGACCUCGAUUAAUUCACCGGACGAGGAAGAUCGUUCGAGUGCCGGCCAUGACGAAGCGAUGAUCCACUCAGAAGACAUGACAGAACAACAAAAAGAGACUGAGGAAGCGAUAAUUCUGGAAGAAAGUAUCCACCAGCAGGAGGAACUCAUCGUCGAGGAGUCUUCAAAGAUUGAUGAUACGGAGAACAAAGCGGCUAUUGUGAUUCAGAAGCACUUGCGCGGAUUCUUGAUUCGCCGUCGCUUGCGUGAAGAAAUCGAGGACAUGCGACAGCGAGUCAACAACUACCACCAAGUUCUGGCGAAUGAAGACGAACAGCUGGCCAGAGAUACGUCUAAGGACACUUCUGUAACGACUGCCUCUGUCGAGAUGAAGUGAGUGUAAUAAUUCUACUCUUAAACUUCUUAGUGUGAACUUUGCUUAUUUUCCAGACUCCAGAACUGUUCGUUGUACGGACUCACCAAUGACAGCCUGCACAUUGUGCUUCUCUCCGCGACAAUAAUCGGUAUCUCGUCCUUUCCCCUUGAAUCCCGAAGCUCAUUGUUCUUCAGAUCGUAUCACUGACCUCGUCCCAUCGCUUCUUGAGAAGUUCGUCGUGGAAUUGAACGGUGUGAAACUGAUUUACGACAUACUCGAAGUGGCAGACCGUGGACUGUCCUACACGAGUAUUCUCCAUCCGCUGCUCAAUGUUCUGAGAAAGUCAUUUGUAAACGUGCCAGAGGAGAAAACGAAUGAGACUAUCCUGCCGCUCCUCCCGAAACUGUCUCCCCGCCUGCUUCAUUUGAUGCUGGCUCACUUGACGAACAAAGACUUCUUCAUGGCCAUCACAAAGUCGCUGGCUUCUAUCGGAAGGCGUUUCCCGUACAAGAAACAGUCGCAACUCGACAAAUCAGCAUACUUCGUCAGCAAAGCUCUCACGUCAGUUUUUUUUCUCAAUCAACCUUGAUUAAUGAUCGCAUUUGCAGAAAAGUGAGCGAUUCGGAAUGUAAAGAAGCUCUCAAGACUCUGCAGAUUGUGUGCAACGCUCUCAUCUGAAGCUGCUCCAUCCGAUAAUCAUACGUCAUUCAUUUUACCGUUCCUCUGUUAAGUAAUGGAAAUGUGUUUAUUACUCAUAUCGCGAGAAAUCCAUUCAUCACAAUCCUAACUCUUAUUUUGCACGCAAAGAGCGAAGCCCCACGUAUUUCAGCGCCUUUUCACUACUAGACACAGUAUUUCAUUUUGUUUGACAGUCGGAUUACUCGAGCAAUUUGAUCGUGCUCAUCUUGAUUUGUUUAGCGUUUAGAUUUGGUUUGGCCACAGACUUGCCCAAACUGUGAAUUGGGAAGACGUCACAACUUCAGAAGAGGUCGUCCGAAGGCGAGGGGGCGAAAGGACACUGCCGGAGGUCAGACGGACUCUCGGAUCGGUCCCGAUUACAUUCCUGAGUUUUGCACUUGUUGCGUAGUUUCGCCGGCUCAGCCGCUCCGCAAACAGGCCCCCAUUACUCCGUUCGCUGCGGGCGAGGACCCGGCAGUUUGUAAGUAUCUCCUUCCCCAAAGAAAACAGUCUCUUCUCUGUGCUGCCACGUCAUUCUCUUCUUCGUGCUCCUUCCCCUUCUUCGCCCCAUUCGAACAAUUGUGUUUCGUUAGCAAAAGUGCACUUUACAGACCCUCAACUUGGCCCCUUUUCAAUGUCGGACAACGUGAGCCCCAAGGAUCUAUCGAAUGCAUUCAAAUAUCUUCUGGCCUACCAACUCGAUUCGUUAGUUUUUUUUCUUUUUCCAUUGAUUAUGCUACCAACUGUGGAGCUUUGAAGAAUUGCCAACUUUCUUGUUUGUCAGGAAACCUCAAUUUCAAGGCUUCUCUUUGAACUUCUUCGUUUCAUUUGUGCACACUGAUUCCUCAUUUCCUGAAAAGUCAUUUCAAACCCUUUCGUCUCCUUUCGGGCAAAGCCCUCGGUAAUCCUGCGCUCGCUUCGAAAUGACUACAAGCGGCAUAAGCGACAACUUUGAGCCCUUCCCCUCUCCUUUUUCACAAAAUCGACCCAUUUUUUGCAAAUUCUCUCGGAUCUCCCUGCGCUUUCAUAUCUAAUUUCGAGAAGUGUGUCAACCUGUUCUGCGUCUCACUGUCCCACACACUCCCUCUCUCAUUAUGCGGGUUCUCCUCCUCCUCAUCAUCAUCUUCAUCACGAUCUUCAUAAUCCGAGAAACAGAGUGCAUGGCAACCGAAUCGAUACAAUUCAUAUCUGACCACACCCAAGUGAUCGGCGCCGCGAAGACACGAAAACAAUUGGGUGUCGACGACGCAUUUCGAACCGUCUGUCCGUUGCCACGUCACACUGAUCCCAUUCUUCGCUUUCUUUAAUUUCCUGUUUUCGGUUUCAGAAUCGCCAUUGACGGAGUGAUGCCGUCCGCCCAUGGAGCACUCCACAAACUGCUGUGCUCGUGUUACUCGAAAGACACCGAAGUGGUCGACAUUUAUGACAUGCCAUCGGACGCGCAGGUGGGUUAACACUUCCGAAGCUUCGGAACUAAUCAAACUUCUGCAGGAAGAUCAUUAUGUGAAGAGUCCGUUGGAAAACAAAAAUAAGCUCGAGCUGACUCCGCCCCCUUCGCCUCCAGAAGUGAACAGAGAACGGAAUAAGAGAGAAGAGAAGGCUGAGGCGCCGAUUAUCGUGGAAGUGUACGACGACACUCCCACCUCGAAGGUAUUGUCCAAAGUGAUUCCAUUCGGUUUCGUCUGCAACUUCUGCAGUUAUCACUUCUUGUCACUUCUUCUGCUUCCCCUCAUUCCUCUUCGUUUUUCUCUUCUUUGUGUUCGCCAUCACAUGAUCAAUCGUCCUCUCAAAGUGUGCCACGACCGUCCUUCUUCUCUCCUCAUCUUCAUCUUCUUCCCCCCUCUCCUUCUCCUUCAGCGGCUUUUUGUAAUUGAUGAUAGAUAGAUUGAUCUCUCGUCGUGACCGUCAACUUCCUACUGUAGGCCGCCAUUCUCUCCAGAAGCAGUUCUUUCAGAACGUGACGUCUUCCGGCGGUUCAUUUCGAAUGCAGAUGACCUUGUUGUCACCUCGUCUUUCCCUCCAGUAUCAACUGAUUGAUGCCUCCUCUCGCGCCACCGAUCACGCCCAUUUUCUUUUUUCUACAGCUUGUCUUUCGGCUUUCCGCCGCCUUUCCGUCAUGCUCGCGCAUGUAAUCGGCCGCCCGUUGCUCCGCGAGAUGAUUCUUCUGGACGGCGUCGCUCCUUCCUUCCUCCCAUUUUGUGUCUUCCUGUGUCAAUAUUUGGGCAUUUCGCAUGGUUUUCCACGUGGAUGAUUCCGUUUCAACAACAUUCAACUGCUGAAUUCUCGCCUGAAUUCUCUCAAAUCCACACAAUUUCUAUGUCAUUAUGUUUUUAAUUCACCGAACCCGUGUUAGACCUUUGAAAUAGUGAAACCCAAGUACGUUAACUCCAAAAACAAAGAGAGUAUCGGUUGGUAUCUGACUCAUCAACUACAGUAUUCUUUGAUUUCUCGCAACGUUUGUUCCAACUAACGAGUGUUUAUUUGCGGGAAACAUUUAUCCGUCCUGCCAGUUCGUCCACUUACUUUCACUAUUUCCCUCCAAAAUACAUAAUAAUCCCUCCCCUGCAAUGUAUUCUUCUCUCUUUCUCUCGUCCGUACCGUUUACAGUUGGAUCAUUGCUCUCUCAGGUGGGAUUCCUGCCCGCCUCGACCCCAUCAUCUUCAUUCUUCUCCUUCUUUAUGAAUCCGCUAUCAAACCUGUUCUGUAUUCGUGUCUCGAGUCUCCGAUUCUCGUCCUCGGCUUCUUCCUCCUUCUCUGCGUCGCGUUCCCUCCCACACUCUCUCGCCCUCACCACACUAUCAUCGUUCAUCAGAAUACAAUAAGUGAAUGUAUCUUUCCUUCUCGUUAGCCCCCUCUCCCGACGCUCAAUACAUUGUAAAACCGUAAAGCUUCCGAAUCGAUCGCCCGGUGCUUUCUCUCCCUCUCUUCUGCCUGCUCGUCCCUAAUUCGAUCCGUGUCCAUUCCGCUAUCAAAUCAAACAAAUCCCUGCGCACCGCCCGAAUGUUCCUCCUCUCGAAUGUCUCUGUGACGUGGCACGACUGCUUUCAGCACAAAGGUCGCCGGGUUCCAGAAACAAAGCAAACAAGGACAGGCCGAGAAGAAGAGAAUUUGAAGACGACUUGCCCUGCCCGUCUUACGAGUAAACGGGAGUAAUCUCUCUCCUCCUGCACUCUUCUCCGCACCGCCAUCCCAACAUCGAUUCGUUUGAUUCAUUUGCCCUUUUCAUUUGCGAACUGAAUUACUUAUCAAGUCUCUGUUUCCUUUUCCUCCUCCUCCUCUUUGACGUCUUCUUCUUCUUCUUCUUCUUCCUUUUCGCAUUGUCCUCUUUCUCGCAGUACCGUGAAUCAUAAUUUGAUUAAUUCCCCGCCAACCAAAUGGUUUUCCGUCCGUUUCGUUCUUCCAAAAACUUUGUCCGGUUCCGACAAACAAACAAACCAACAAACAAGCCGUGUCUCUCAUUAUCCGCCCGUCUGUUUACCGUGUUUUCGCGAGCGUUCAGGCUGCUCCGGACUCUUCCGUUACAUGCUCAUCGCGCCCGUUUCUUCGCGCCUUCCGCGUCAGCUUUAACACAGAUGAGCCGUGCCCAAACAGAACAGCCCCCUUCCGGCCAUGAACACACAAUAAAUCGCUCGGAACAUCCUUCUUUCGCUUCCGAUUUCAAAUUCAAACCACCUCACUCACCUGGUCGUUUCGAACUGACCGUCAAAGUGAACCAGUUUCGAGAGAAGUAGUCUCACCUGCUUGCUACCGUAAUCCGUGCGUGCCUAAUCGACCUGAAUUCAAUUCGUCGGCCAUUUCCACUUCUUCUCCUUCUUCUUUUCCUCCUUCUCUUCUUCAUCUUCGUUUCGCUAUAAUUACAACCACUCGAACUUUCCUUCUCCAUUUCCCUCUUCUUCUCCCCAAUUUGUUCGUUCAAAUAAAUGCAGGGAAUUGAUUUGCAUUCCGCCGAUUCACAUACAAAUAAUGAACACAUUGAUUGCCACGAAUGCAUUUCCAGAUGAUGCUGUCCACUGUGAAAAACCCGUACAGCGGCGGCAGCAGCAGCUCGAACAACAACAAUUCAAACCAUCGGAUGGUCAUCGAGGAUGUCACGGACGACCCAGAGGUCAGUCCGUUCGGGCUCAAAAUGGGGCAGAAAGAGUACUGUAGAUUCCCUUUAUCCCUCGGGCGACGACUUUUGCGCUCAUCUCUCACCAGUUCUUUUUUUCUUGAAUGUUGCUGUUUGUGGUUUCAAAUUGAGUGAUACUCCCCUCAUAAACAACAGCUGAUGGCACCUUCCAAUUCGACUCUUUUUGCUUUCUUUCCAGUAUUCCUCGUACGGAAACGAGAACGAAAAGCCGGAAAACGAGGAGGAAGGAGCAUUCGUCGAGUACGAAAAACUUGAUAAAACGGAAGUUCCGGCGGCGUUCAAGGUGAGUACAUCUCACUCCGUCCACUCCAGAAUCCAUGCGCUUCCAGGUGUGCCAGGCGACGACGGCAGUCAACCGAACCUACAACAACAUACGUCCGUCGUACAGAGUAAGUGGCACUGAUGGCCGACAGAAAAGGCGAGAAAGUGCUCGUCUGGGCGGCUUCUAAUCAAAUUCUCAUUUAUCCCCCCUUUUGCCCCUUCUCCGUUUUUCCUCCUUUCCUCAUUCCAUUCUUAUUCUUCAUUUCUAAUGAUGGCCAAGUGCUCUUCCAAUGGUAUUCGAAUCCAUGCGAAUAUCCAUUUCAAGCUGAUUAGAAAUGGAAAAAGGAAAGAGAAGGUAAGAGACCUCCCACUUACUUGACAACUAUUUCCGUUCGGAUAUCAGCAGUUAGGACUUCCGUGACUUCUACCGAAAAACGAAAGAAUUUCUGAAGUUUUCGGCAGCCGUAAACUGGCGAAAAGUGACAAUUAUCUGGAGACUAGUAAAUAGCGUGCGAACGAGAGACAUGCAUCUUUUGUCAAAUAUGAAUUGAAUGGUCCUCCAGAGAUGGGCACGCGCGCCCGCAUUUCCGUCCGUCUUCGAGUGGUGCACUUUGUCCGCCGGGCUCCCCCACAAAUUCCCCCACAAUUCUCACACAUAUCCAGUGCCAUCUUUGCUUUUUGGAUUAAAAAUCAGAGAGGGGGGGGGGGCAGGAAAACGAAACCGAAAAGCGGCCAAUCUCCGACGAAUUUGGGCCCAAUUGUUCGGCCUUCUCUUCCCGGACGCCCCCGACUGCUCGCCCCAUCUUAUUGUUUGUUGACUUCCAAAACAAACUCUCUUUCGGCCGAGUUACUAGAGAUCAAAUUUACUUUUUCCGAAUUACCUGUUUUGUUCGAAAUGUUCAAAGUGACGUUUCGAUUCGUGCGCGAUUUCAGCAAUUCUUCGAUCGACAAAUAGUGGAAAAGAUCCGAGAAAAUAGGAAGGGGGUCUGGCAGUUUUGUAGUCUGUAAUUCAGAUUUGGUUUUGUAAAUAGCCUAAACCUUUAGAACUAGGAGAAAGAGAAACGUUACCAAUACAUCCCCUUCUCAACCAGCAGGAUCCCAUUCGCAUUCUCUCGAAGUUCUCAGUCAUGAAACUUUUACGAUGAGUUUUCCCAAUUUGCAACCCACAUCUGCGCCGUCUCCGGUGGCCGGCCUCUGCUCCAAUUCUCAUUCAAGCAUGGAUUUGCGGGAGUCCAGAGUGCCGACGGACACUUGUCAAAUAUCCGUGCGUCUCCUCCGUCGUUUCUUUUUUUUUUGAACGGGAUGGCCAUGUCAUCCGCAGACGACGUGCACUUCCAGCCGAGUCGAGGAGACAUCCCGCAAUGAUUCGGACAAACCGAAUUCUGAAGAUUGCGCAUUCUUUUGUUUCUAUUUCUUUCGCCUUACUUUUUUACGAACUGGGGGCUCCCUCGCUAGUUUUUUUGGUUAAGACACGGGAAAGCUCCUUUGUCACUUUUGGAAUCAGUCAGAAUUUCAUAAUUUUUAGAAGAAAGCUUAGAGUUAACGUAGGGUCUUUUGAAGUUUAGAAUCAAAUAGAGGAUCUCUGCUUCAACACUUUCAUAAAUAAUUCAAAAGUAUCGUAUCGGAUCUAAAACAUUAAACCUUUUCCGAAAAGCCCUGAAUCCCACAAGUACUAACCAGACAACACUGUGUCUCGGAAGCUCCAAUCGCAUUGUUGAAUGUGUCGUUUGCAGAUGCCGAUCGGAAGCGGAUCGGGCGGAUCGGUGGCCCGUGAGAUGCGUGUCGAGUCGAUGAAUCUGUCGGACGUGGAGGACGGAGCACGGUGCCGCGAAAAGGAGUGCCGUCUCGGCUGGAAGCAGCACGCGUGGAGGUACGUCCUUUUCAGUUAUGAAUGCAUUCGUUUUAUCAUGUAUGGAAGAGGCUCCUUGCGGCUCGAGGCGGGCGGGCGACUCCGGAUGCGGUCGCUUCCGUUUCGAGCAGAUUUGCAAUGCGGGCGAUCCAUUGGCAGUCGCUUUGGCAGCUAAUUCGGCAGAGUUUCGGCCCGUUUUGUUUCGUCGGCUCCUCCUAAUUCCGAUGGACGAGGCUAAACGGCAAGCAACACGCAACGACUUGUUUUGUGCAGAACGAGAAGAAGAAGAAGAAGGAGAAGGCGUCAAGUCGGUGCCACGUCUUCUCUUGAUUCACUAAGAAAUCAUAGUCUAAAAAACAGGCAAAGAAGCCUUCCGAUGCUCCAUUUGGUGCUCGUUUUUCGAAUGUAUCAAGUGUCAUCUCCCCACUUUCCCCAAUACUUUCUAUUUUGGGAUUCUUUGUUUUAUCUCUGCCCAGAGCUCAAAACACCAAAAUCUUCUCACGACUAGAAUCCUCUUGGCUAACUCGUCUUUAUCAUUUCGUCCAUUUUGUAUAGUAUCGAAAUGGUCAUUGCAAUGGGCAUCUUGCUCUCUUUUCGGGCGGCUCUCUUCCGUAUCAGAUGACGCGUGGUUUCUUCUAGAAGUGCUUCUACUCAAGCCGCCCGUCUCCUUCUCCCCUCAUACUUUCCCUCUUCCUCUUCUUCUUCUUAUUAUAUUAUCAUCUUCUUCUGAUUCCUCGCUCCCUUAGUCAAUGUGUUCUUACCACCAGAUGUUUCUCCCUCUUCUUUACAUUGCUCUCCGCGCUCCCGUGACUCAUUUCUGUACAUCCCAGCUCAUCCGCGCCUGUCUCCGCAGGUCCAUAACAUGGGCGCGCACCCCCGUCCCAAACUGACCAUUCAUCGUCUGAUUCAUCAUUUUCUAUUUGUGUGCUCUUCUCUCUUCCCUCCCAACUUCAAUCACUUUCCAAUUGUUCCGACCGUCCGAUCAAUUCUCGUUUUCCCCCCAAUGCGUCGUUUUCCCCCUAUUAUUUCGAAGUCUUCUGCAGCAGUUUGGUCCGAAUUUAAAUCGAAUUACCAAGUGCAUUUGUCAUAAGCCGUCGCCCCGUCCAAACCCAAAAUUUCGUCGACUUCAAACGAAGCGUAAACUAUAUUUUGACAAAUCUGCGUCUCCUUGACCAGCACGCUCUCUCGUUCGCUCAGUUUUUGUCAGUCUCAGCACAUCCUUUUUCGACUGGACUUCACGCUCAAUUUGUAAACAUAAACAGCUGGGAAACUUUCUAUUUUUAUGAAUUCUGAAAAGUCAAAGAAAGAAUCGAAAAAAAGAGAGUCACGGAAAAAGGAAGGAAAGAAGGCUCUUGAGAGAGAGAGAGAGAGAGAGAGAGAGGGGAGUACCAAGUCUCAUUUCCGCUUGAUCUUACGUCCUCUGAACAUUCUGAAUCGAAUCACGGCUGUCUGGAAUUCCAUUUCGUGCAAACCUAAGUUAGAGUACUGUAUAUUCAAAGAAUAUACGCAUUCAGAUCACUCCCCCGGUCCACUUUUCAGAUAUCUGAAAGUGUUCGAAUGCAUUCCGUUCGUUCAAUCAGCUGCUUAUCCCAUUGAAUUGCAGUAUUAUUUGGUUGAUCUCGUCUGACUCCACCCCAUUUCCUCGCUCUGAUUUAUUAGUUUUCUCCUUCUCUUUUGUUCUUUUAUUCUUUUUCGUUCUUCGAUUGAAAUCUGCGAAGCGGCCCCUCGUGUUCGGGCUCUUUCUUCUUCUCUCUCUCUCUCCGGUCAUGUUAUAUCGGGCAAACUAUGCCCAGGGGGAUUUUAAGCGAUUUGCACACAAAAACGGGUAAGAGGGAGGCAGGGAGACACUUGAGUAUCAAACGUCCCUGACACCCCCACCCGGGGCCCGACUAUCCUAUCAAAUUUUAUGGGCUAAAAGUGCAUUGAGUGUCUCUGGAGGGAAAAUGACGAAUCGAAGAGGAUUAUGGCGACGAAAGCGACAAGAAGAGAGGCAAAUCAAGUAUGACUAGUAGGGUCCGUGGUCCCGUCGUUCGCCCAUUCAUCCUCUUUCUCACGCGUCGCGACUUUGACAAAUUGACGGAUGCGGCUCUCGGCAAGUGCUCGAAUGCUCCAAUCGUUGCUAGCCGCCACCGCACAUGUUUUAUCAAAUCUUUGACGGCGGCGACGACGACGAUGACGAGCGAGGGACGCUAAUUAGCAGCACAGCCGAUUCGGGGCGAUAAAUUGGUUCGGCGCCUCGGAGAGCAGAGUCGAAAUACAUGUUUUGGCGGCGCUGUAAAAAUCAAAUCAACACGGCAGCACGACAGAUGCGUGCACGGAUCAGAUGUUCGAGAGCAGAGGAGAGCGAGAGAGAGGGAAAAGAUGAGAAGAGCCCACCGGAAAGUGAAGUGCUCUCUUCUCUCUCCUCCUCCCGACAAAACAGCGCCGAACUCGAGUGAAAUGGAAACAAAAAGCGAGAGGUGGUCCCUCCGGAACGAAGCGCGGAAGCUUUGCGGUCGCGGAACGAGGAGUCCGAAUUGGUCUAUGUGCAUGACGAGAAAGGGGAAAGACCGGAAUAAAUAAACGAAGGUGUGAACCCCGGCGCAGUGAAGCGGACACAUCCGGCUCCACCACCACCACGGCCGCCAUCUCAUCCUCUCCGCGUCGCGACUCCACGGACCCUCCUCUUCUUCGCUCGAGAAUAGACCCCGCCCCGUUUCGUCGCUGCGUCUCUCCCCACCAUGUGCUCUUCGCAUGCCGUUGGCCAGGACACCAAACCGGCGGGCAGACGGAGGAGCCUCGCCUCUAGUUUGUGCUCACUGAGUGAGUGCGUGUCUCAUCCACAGCUCCUGUGCACCCGGGAGUCGCCACGUCCACUGUCACUUCCACUCGCUGCUCGCCGUAUUCCGAUGCCUUCGCGAAGGUAACCGACUUCCGACAGUCUCCAGAAUGCGUGCAAUGGUGCGGGGAAUGGUGGGGCGCGGCAAAAAGAAAGAGAAGAACGGAGUGCCGCCGCCACAGCCUCCACCUCCUCCGAUGCCCGCCAAUUCGACGACAAAGCAUGCCAAGAUAAUGCCGAGUUACUCGUGCUCGCCUCCGAUCGAAAGGAAAGAAGCGAAGCCGGCGGCGAUCACGGCGAGCACUGCGGACCAUUCACUCGGAAGCCCUCCGGCCAGAAGACAGCCACCCAAACGGGUACCUAGUGGCAAAUCAUCCGCGCAUCCCGGAGUCGUCCAAACUGAUCUCGCAAUGUAAGUCUUUUCGUUCGCUCAAAAAUGUGCACCCUUUCCUGCGUGGGAGCCUUCCGGUGUUUGACUCUUCAAAGUGGGCUUCCGGACCGUGAGAUUCUCCAAAUCCUCCACCGCGUUGUCGUUUGUUUCCAUUCAAAUAUUACUAGUUAGUUGGCGGCUCCGUCAGUGCUCAUUCAUUUCAUUUCGACGCCAAAUGCAGAGCUUCUCAUUUGAAUCGAACCACAUAUGAAUAUCGAGUUUCACGGCGGUCGGACAGCCACCGCUUUCUCUCUCCAGAAGUCCUUCGACAAUCUUACAACCCUCCUCUCUGCGUCUAUCACCCCCUCUCUCUCUCUCUCUCUUUCAGUUCUCAACAAAUCAUCCUCAUAAUAAUAAGAGGCUGGUAACCUUCGGGAGCUGGCCGGCCGGCCAUCUGGCCUCGCUUGUUUUUGGAAUAAUUGAUAGUUUUGACAAACGGCGCAAAGAGGGACCUUUGGGUAGAAAGAGGACGAAGGAGAGCAAGAAGGGAAAGUAAUUCAAUUCGAGAUGAGUACCGAUACAACAGAGAAUCAACGAAGAACACGACUCUGAUUUGAGCGUUUCGAAAGUGACAUGACACAAUUCGAAUUCAGUUCGUCGUGAGUAGGAAACUAGUAAGCUACAGUAAUCUUUCCCGUCGCCUUUCUUUUUGUACAUUUCCGGUUACUCUUGCUCCCACACAUUUCCAUAUAAAUCUUGCGGACGGCUCUUUUUUUUCCUUCAACUGCCAAUUACGGACCAGCUGACGGCCGCGUCGACACCCGUCCGGGCGUGCCGAUAUGAUCCGUCAUUGUCACUUUCCGUCCGUUCUUCAACUCCCAAGAGCGGCUCACUUAACCGUGUCUGGUCUCUCUCUCCUAAAUCUCCACACUCUCUCCCCUGACUGAAGAAUUCGAAAUGUUAUUAUGGGCGCGUACUUCUGCAAGAGUCCAGAUUGGGCAACAAGAUAGAUCUGGGCUCUUUCUCGGAGCGGCAGGGUCUGUCGGAGCAGCGGUGCCAGUCCCGAAAUCCCUUCCGGUUGCCCGAGGACACCGACCCAACUGGACACAAUCAGGACUGCUAACGAGCGGCACUUUCCAAAAAAACGGAACAAUCCGGGCAGCGAAUGGAGCAGCAAAGAAGAAAAAAAGAAGACAAAGUUUUUGGUGUGCUUCGGACGAGGCCGCAGAUGCACAAUAAAAUUGCUCAUCGGGGAGAAUGCGUGCACGGAUUUGGCGUGAAAAGCAACUCCGAGGAGGCGUCUGCCCCCACGAUGAAAAGUAGAUUCCCCCAGUCGAAACGUCAAAGCAUUCCUGCGCGAUGGUCCGGUUUGCCGGACGUUCAGCUCUGAUUAUCUCUGUGAUUCUCUCGUUUUCCCAGGUGAUUUCAAUAGGAGGUCACUCGCCAAUUUUUCAUUAACCCAUUGAGAAACUGCGGAAAAACGAAAGUGGGAAACCGCUUUGUGAAAAGAAGAAGAAAAAAAAGCGUGAUGUUUAUUCCAGAUCAUCGUUCGCAUUCUAUUUACGCACCGUAAUCCGAUCACUGUUCUCCUCGUGCCCAGAAUUACCAUAGAUAUCCUGCUGCCCUUUUCUGUUUUCUUUGUCGUCCCCAUCAGCUCCUAUUUCCAUAAUCCGCCCUCCUCCAGCAGCCCAUUUCCAGCCUGCCCAAACGUACAAACAUACAAAUUUUUGACGUGCCUUCCCUCUUUCCUUCCGGAGCAGUAAUUCAAUCCGUUCUUUCCUCGUUUCCACGUGGUCUCAAAUGACACGUGGCAUACACUAGUGCGCGGAACAGAAUCCGUGUCCGUCAGCCUACCGCCAAGCGGAAAAAGGAGCGGAUGGUGUUUGGUGUGCACUUCGGAAAUGGGUGAUUUUCGUAGAAACGAGCCUCGGAGAGGGCUCUCGUCGUUUCUAAAUCGCAUCAUAAUAAUAGUCGAAUUUAUGGGGCCACAAAAAAUGAACGACUCUGAGAGCGGCGGCAAAAAGAGGCUCAUGCAAAUCGGAUUGCUCUUGUAUAGUCUCUGCUUCCGUCUUUGCGAGGGACGAACUCUCUGAAAACGGCCUGUUUUGAAAUGCAAAUGUUUAGUGGGUAGUAGCAUUUGGAGGGGCUCCGCGGCUCCGGGGGCCCGUCCCGCGGGACCGCAAUCCGACCCACUGUGUUGCCAUUUGGUGUGCAUUCUCGUGGUGCUCCGUACUCAGUGUCUCUUCCUUUCCGACGUCAAUACAGCAUCCUCAGUUGCUACGUCACUUCCGCGCGCGGAACGGCGCCAGUUGUAGGACGGGCCCGAGGAUGCUCUGAAAAAUUUGUUUACAAAGCGAAUCUUGCAACAAGUGCCGCUUGUCUUCCGCUUCUUUUCCGUCUCCGCGUUCUUCUUCUUCUCCUUCUGCUUCUCCUCCAAAUAAAGAGAAAAGAGCCCAAAAAGCAAAAAGUUUAUAAAUCUGUUGAUUGUAUACAAUCGGACACUCAUCGGAUUAUUUUCCAGAAAAGUCUGCGUGCACUGCAAAAGCGACCGGUCGGACCACGAGCUCCCGCCCAAUCAAGCGCUCAACGUCUACAACCGACUCGGAAUCCAACCGCCAGGUACGCCCCGUCUAAUUGUGCGUUCGGAACGAAAAACACCCGUCAAGGUUGUUUUGAAACUUGAGCACAUCGGGUAUACUCCUCAAUUUUACCCAGUUGCCGACUGCUACACAGAUCUCUUCCUCAUCCGUAUUUCAACUUUUCAGCUGGAAUGCCGCAGUCCGGAGUAGCCGAGCAAGAAGUGCCCGGAUCGGUGGGCCACGGGUACGCAUGGGUGCCGCCUGGCCUCACGCGCAAGAAGGUAAGCAGUCCAUUCACAUCAAUCAUCGGACACCUGUAACGUCUGCACUUUGUCGCCGCCCGCUCGACCUUGCCGCAGCCAUUUAAAUCUACUUCCAAUUCGAAAUUGUGUCCGAUUUGAAUGGGAGAACGAAGGAGAAGCACACCUGUUUGCACACACCACACCCCCUCUUAUCCGGGGGGUUUCUCUUCUUUGAUCGUCCGAAACACACCAUGUUCCAUAUGUUUGCCGAGAUAGUCGGGAGGACGGGAUGACACUUCUUGAUACUUUUCCAUCUUUCAACGUCACAACAUUCUUUAUCUCUGUUCUCCUGAAUUGUUUUUUACCUUACUAUUGAUAGGACUUUUAUAGAUGACUGUGCUUCCCAAGUCUAGAUUAGAACGAGUAGUUGACCUAUUCCAACGAGACUUUUCAAUCCACCUAUCAUAUUAUGUUCUAGAUCAUUUUCUACCAGAGUUUAGUAUGAUGCAAACCGUCUGCGUGCUCUUUGCAACAUUUCAAUCGGCUCUUUUUCGUCCUUCUCUAAUCUCCAUCACUGUAGACAGUCUGGCUCCUUCUCUCUAAUAUUUACACCCCUCUUCCAUCAAUUAAGUUCUCGUUUGUAGCCACUGCGCUCCGUCCUUUCUAGGUCCCUUCAGUUAUGUUCCCAAUUCAGAAGUGUCCCAGUUCUAUUUCGGUGUCAGCUCCCCAACCGACAGUUCUACAAAGUUAAUCUAUCUACAAACUUUCCGCUACCUCUUUCUCUCCGUCUCUUCCUCUUCUGUUCGCUCUCGGUUCUUUAGGCCAAACUACUACUGUUUCUGCUAUUUGCUCCCUUCUUCUUCUUCUUCUUCUUCUUCUUCUUUUACUUCUUAUACUUCUUCUUCUCAUUCCUUUAUCAGUUAAUUUCUUUGUUCUUCUCUCAGUCAAAUCAUGGGGCUUUUGACCGAAAGCAUGCGUGGCGAUCCUCUAAUGCUCCGAUUUAUGCAAAAAGCGGGCGAACUAUUUCGAAAGACUAAAAACAAUUGGUUGAUAGAUGUGAGUUAAAAACAGCGGGGCCAAAUCUGGCGGAGAAGGUUCUGAAUGCGACGGUACUUCAGGUGGAAGAGUACAUGUCACAACUGCCGAACAACGUGGUGCCACGGACCAAUUCGAGCGGCGAGAAGUUGCGGGAAAAGCAGCUGCUGCUCCAGUUGCCACGUCAAGACCUGUCCGUCGCCUACUGCAGACAUCUGACGACCCAGACCGAAAGGAAGGUGUACGAGGAGUUUGUGAAUGCUCGAAACGAAAUUGCACUCGACAUCGGUUACGUGUCGUCCAACAUCAACAAAGCCAUGGUAUGCUUGAGAUUCCAUCCUAUUCGAGUUUAUAAUUCUGUUCAGGAAUGUCACAAAUGUUCGGGUAUUCUGGAAACAAACGAAAUGGCGGUGAUAGCUCCAAAGCUCGGCGACUCGACUGGCUGGCAUCCGGCUUGUUUCACUUGCCAAACUUGCGAACAGGUACUCAACCCCUUUCCACUCCCCAAUUACAUUCCGUUUUUCAGCUUCUGGUGGAUCUGACCUACUGCGUAAAAGACAAUCAAAUCUACUGCGAGCGGCACUACGCGGAGCUGCACAAGCCGCGUUGCUCGGCGUGUGACGAGGUAUUUGUUAAUCCUUCUACCCUUUUGGCUACACAUCGAGGCUACUUAGACGACUCUCGAUUCCCGUCAAUCAUUGCACUUUUAAUAGUAAUUGUCAACUGAGAAGAUGCUCUUUCUUCCGCGCAGUCCACUCUGUUCGUUUCGAUCGAACAAAAAAGCGAUCGGAUCGUUGAGGCAGCAGGAAUCAUUCGCGUACUUCCCGCUUAGAUUACGAUCGUCCCCCCAUCACAACACUUUUCACUUUAACGAGCGCUGUCGUGUACUUUUCUGACCGCAUACGAACGGAAGUUCAUCUUUGGUCUUCGAGUUGCCACGUCAAUGUAGGUCAAUCCUGGGAAGAUGUCAAAGCAGUUUGAUCAGUUAGUCAUAUGGAUUCUUCAAAACUUCCCGGUUGUCAGUGGCAAAUAUCUCUUUUUUGUUCGUUCUUCUCAAUUCGUGACAUCAUUCAUUUCCGACGGAAGAUUCCUUCAUGUUUGCGAGAUGUUCUUCUACCAACCACUGACUAAUUCUCUCUAAAUUCGACUUCGUUGAACACAAAAAAUAAACAAACGUGUAUAUUUUCUGGGAGAAGCCGCGGGAACGAUGGGACGGGGAAUGUUCAAACAAGUUAAAACUGUCCAUUCCUUUCCGUGUGAAACGUGGGAAACGCAAAUAUUUUUGUGCGUUGAUUUCCUGCAGUUCACCCUCUUUGUGCUCUCCUGAUAACGACCUCACCCCUCGACUUCUCCUCUCCGUCCGCCCGGUCGACACCAAUUCAAUUUUGGCGAGUCGUCUCCUUGUUUUGGCAGUUUCCGUCGAUUUGUUUCGUCUGUGCCCGCAGGGAGGUGACUUUCUGGUCCGAUUCUUCGUGCGGCCGACGGGAAGUUGGCUCCGAUCGCGUGACUCGCACUCAUUUCAACUCACUCGUUUCCAGACCCUUCCCCAACACAGAUUCACUCGUCUUUCCACAAUUUUCCCUUCACUCUUCACUCUUUUCAAUUCUGUGUUUGAAGCGAAUAAUGGUCAGAACAUAGGAAAAAAAGGGCUCAGGAAACAAAUGGGGAACUCGUGAUUCAUCAGAAUGUUAAUGAAUCAUGUGCCCUCUAUAUAAUGCAUUUUAAUACUCUCCUAAUCAGUGAAAAUGUGUCAUUUUUGUAGUUUGGCGCACAGGUCAACAGAGUUCCCUGGCCGAAGAGUUCUGACGGAAACUAACUACUGUUACCCUUCCCCUCUUCCUUUCCUGAUCUCGGUUCGACACUUCCAGAAACAGUCUCGGCGACACAUUCCGAUUCCUAUUGUUUCGGUCCGUUUCCCCUUCCCUCUCUCUUUUCCUCUCUCUUUUCCUCUCUCACUCUUUCCAUUAUUAUUAGUUUUUUGUCUUUCUCCGCCGCGACGGCAACAUCGUCUCCAUCCGUCCGUCCAAUCGAAUAAUUCAUCACAGUUCGUCCCGAUUUCUCGUUUCUUCUUCCGUUUUCUUCUCAAGUACACGGCGAAUUGACGAUAUGACAGUUUGAGCCGCCACACAUGUUUUGGCGACAUGAAAUCCGAGGCGCGCUCCGUCUUCUUCUUCUUCUUCUUCUUCAGCUUUUUCCUCGUCUUCGUCAUGUUUUAUGUGUUUGUAUGUGUAUAUGUGUGUGUGUGUGUGUGCUCGACGUCUCAGUUUUUGUUAAUCAUUUAGUCUAUUGGAAGCGAGAAGAAGAAGAGAAUCAGCGGGGUCCUGCCGGCUAUUACACCUCCCGGGAUUCCUCGUCCCACGCUCUCUCGCUUCCCAGAUUUCACAAUUUUCACUCACUGCACUUGUUUGCUGAUCCGCCGAUCUAGGCCGAUCCUCAGCUGUUCGCGACAAGUGACGUGGCAAUUGUUGUUGUGACCACCUGAUUGCUCAAGAAGUCCUCCCACUCAUCCAUCCACUCGCAUUCACCAAUUACUAAAACCCCUUUUUUAGACCCUUUUCCGUCCAUCCUCAACCCAAUCCCAUAAAUUCCGAGCAUUGCCUUCUUCUUCUCCUUCUUCCCCUUAUCUUCCCGUGAAUAUCUCAUCCGCUUCAUCCGCAAACCCCACUAGGCCGGCCGUGUUUAUCCGUUCCACGUUGCUCUGAAACUGGAGAGCUGCUCGGUGACCCGUCACCACCGCAUGUAUCCGCCGCCCGGACCAAUUGUUCGGUCGGUCUCGUUCCCCCCGCCUCUCGGCCCAUCCCCUCAUUCCCUCCGCCGCGUUUUAUCAAAUGCUCGACCGCUCAAAUGUUUUGCUCGGUGGCGCUUCGUUCAGUUAACAACUAAAAGAACCAUAAUUCCCAACUCAUAAAUCGUCGCCGUUGCCGCUGCCGCAAUCUCUUUCAGAACAAAAGCAGCGAAGAAGGAGAAGAAGCAGUGCAUAUGCACAACAAGCCAAGCCAAGUCGUGUAGACGUCUCGCUGGUAUUUCUGGAAACGAAACGACUCUGUCUCUUUUUCUUUCUCUCCGAUCCUCCGGGGACGUCGUGUAUCGCCCGUCGUUUCGAGCCGAGAAACGCCCCGGCAGAUGAGCUCGUGCCCCCGAUCGAUUCGUCGUCGCUCGCUCUGCUGAUCUCCCACGACAAUGCCCUUUCAUUCCGAAUAUCCAACCAUCCACUCAUUCCCCCCCCCACUAUUGUUUCUUUCUUAAACUCUUGCGAGAUCUGACACCCGAGAGGCAGUCCUGGCUCCUGAUUCUUUUCCCAUCGGGAUCCAAUCUCCUCCCUCUGCGUCUCAACUACCAUCCGUUUUAAUAAUGAACAAACCCUCUCAAUAGGGCACAGUUGCCCGCUCGAACUAUAAAUAAUUGCUCGAUGCAUUACAUUCCCUAUUUCGUCGUCGUUUGCUACUUGCAAAAAAAAACCUCGAAAUGUUUAUAAAAGCAAUAACUGGCGAGCCGACGACAAUGGGCUCAUUGUGCCACUGGACGGGUGCAGUUGGUGUCGAAACUCUGCUUUUUCAUCCUCUUCGCCAUCACCAAACACACUCUCCCUUUUUCGUGUUUUUGUUUUGUUUUCUCGCCUCCUCCUUCUCCGGCCCACCACCAUCAGUCGUCGCCCCAACGGAAUUGUUCGGGCGGCGGCGGCGUCGGCUCUUCCGUCACAGAGACACAAAGAGGUUCAUUUCGAAAAUUGGCUCCAAAAGACCGCGAGCCGGCCAUAUUGAAUUAUAUCCGGGUCUUCCUUCCAAACGCGCCAAAAAAUCCAGGACGAGCUUGUAGAUAGCGGCGAAACGAGAAUGAAUUGGGCGGGCGGGCCAGAAGAGGGCAGUGUUGCAUGAUUAAUAGGUGCAGAGGGCGUGCUGAUCGUGGACGCGCAGAGCCCAUUUCGGUGUCUCCCUCUCCCUUUCGGAUUCUUUGCCUUUCAAAGUGACCUUCCAUUCAUGUGCUUCCCUAUUGCAGCUCAUCUUCGCGGGCGAGUACACAAAGGCGAUGAACAAGGACUGGCACAGCGAUCACUUCUGCUGCUGGCAAUGCGAUCAGACGCUCACCGGACAGCGCUACAUCAUGCGCGACGAGCAGCCCUACUGCAUCAAAUGCUACGAAGACGUGUUCGCGAAUCAGUGCGACGAGUGCGCCAAACCGAUCGGAAUCGACUCCAAAGUAAGUUUGUCUAUGGGCUUCUCGGGCACGAGUUGCUCCCGUAAUCCGUGCCUAACCUUCCGAUUCGCAGGACCUCUCGUACAAAGACAAGCAUUGGCACGAGCAUUGUUUCCUGUGCAGUAUGUGCAAGAUCUCACUUGUAGACAUGCCUUUCGGCAGCAAAAAUGACCGAAGUGAGUUCUGAGUCCACCUUCCUCAUCGUAAGAUCCCCGUUUUCAGUCUUCUGCUCCAACUGCUAUGAUCAGGCUUUCGCGACGAGAUGUGACGGGUGCAACGAGAUUUUCCGAGCAGGUCGGCUUUCGUAUCCAUUCUCGUAACGCUAACCCAAUUAAAGAAUGGACCUCCAUCUCCGAUUCUCCCUCCGAAUCCCUUUCUUUUGUUUUCUUUUCCGGUUUCAUUCGUUCCAUUUCAGGCAUGAAAAAGAUGGAGUACAAAGGCAAACAAUGGCAUGACAAGUGCUUCUGCUGUGCUCACUGCAAAGUUGCGAUCGGAACGAAGUCGUUCAUUCCGAAGAACGACGACGUUUUCUGCGGUCCCUGCUACGAAGAAAAGUUUGCAACGCGCUGCAGCAAGUGUAAAAAGGUGAUCACGGCCGGAGGAGUGACGUACAAGAACGAGCCGUGGCAUCGGGAAUGCUUCUGCUGCACCAACUGCAGUUCGUCACUCGCCGGCCAACGGUUCACCAGCAAGGACGAGAAACCGUACUGUGCCAACUGUUACGGGGAACUCUUUGCGAAACGAUGCAACGCUUGCACCAAACCAAUCACUGGUAAGUCCGAAAUUUGAGGAAACGAUUGAUGAUCGAAAUUAUUACAGGAAUCGGCGGUGCCAAGUUUAUUUCCUUCGAAGACCGACAUUGGCACAACGACUGUUUCAUCUGUGCACAAUGCACAACUUCCCUAGUAGGCAAAGGAUUUAUCACCGACGGACACGAGAUUCUGUGUCCCGAGUGCGCCAAGGUACUUGUCCCCUUCCCCUCACUGAUCAUCCCAUUUCUUUUCAGGCUCGUCUGAUGGCUGCCAACUCGUAA